AACGACUGUUGGACAACCCCAGGGCUCAAGCAUCAGACACAUUCCAAUUAUUCAGCUGGAGGCGCGCUAACCACCACGAAGGAUGCCGCGGCCGAUCGUCCUUUUACUUCGUCCGGCUUGAAUUAGUCCCACCAUUUGAACUACAGUUUGAUGACUUCUAAUCUAUAGCGAUGGGCCGAGCCGUUCGUGCAAAUAGCUUCACCAUAGCUUCGAUGUCAUCAUUUCGAAAUGAUAUCGUGACAUGAAGUAAGAAAUCGAUCCAUGAUGAUUCGAAAUUGAUGCAUUUCCUCGCCUUUUCUUUGCUAGGCCUAGCCUCAGCUGCAAGCAUCCAGAAACGUGACGGUUUCUCUGAUGGGGAACCGAUCAAUGAUGCGACCGGAAAGGGUGCUCCUAUUAUCGGGGGGACUAAUCACGAACUCGACCUCCAAAACCCUGACAACCUGGGUCGCCAGUCCACUGACGCUGGAUAUGUCCCUAAUCUGAAAUGGAGUUUCUCCGACUCCAAGACCAACAUCUUCCCAGGGGGCUGGAGCCGUGAACAGAUCAUCACAGAUCUCCCGUUGAGCACUGACAUUGCUGGCGCGCAGCAGCACCUGAAGAAGGGCGCCAUUCGAGAGCUCCACUGGCACCGGACUGCUGAAUGGGGGUUCUUGUACAAUGGAUCUCUUCUCCUAUCCGCUGUCGACCAAAACGGCCAAUACCAGGUUGACAGACUUGAAGCAGGCGAUGUGUGGUACUUCCCACCAGGUAUCGCGCAUACUGUUCAAGGUCAGGAUGACUCGAAUGAAUACUUGUUGGUCUUUGACGACGGCGACUUCGAAGCUCAGGGAACAACUUUCAUGAUCGACGACUGGGUUGCCCAUACGCCCAAGGACAUCCUAGCCAAGAACUUUGGUGUCGAUGCGUCCGUAUUCGAUAAUGUGCCUCCGACAUUCCCCUAUAUCCUGAAUGGCACUGUCAGUAACGAUACUCAUAUUGUUGGCCCUGCCGGUGCUCUUAUUGGCAACAGUUCCUUUGUGUAUCAUGCCAAGGACCAUGCGCUGGAGAAAGUCCCUGGUGGCGGUGGUACAUUCCGCCGUAUUGACUCUACCACCUUCCCUGUUGCUACGACUAUUGCGUCUGGAUUUUUCACUCUGGAACCCAAGGGCCUGCGCGAAUUGCACUGGCAUCCUAACGCUCAAGAAUGGGUAUACUUCCAUCAAGGAACAGCUCGCGCAACCGUCUUUAUUGGAGGCCAGAAAGCGCGCACCUUUGACUUCCGUGCUGGUGAUACUGCUGUCUUCCCUACCAACAGCGGUCAUUACAUCGAAAAUACAUCGGAUAACGAAGACCUCAUUUGGAUUGAAAACUUCAAGAGUGACAAGGUUGAGGACAUUUCUCUCACUCAGUGGCUUGCACUGACUCCUCAUGAUGUUGUUGCCACCGUUCUCAAGAUCCCCGUGGAGGUUGUGGACCAGUUGAAAGCCGAGAAGCAGAUCCUGAUUAAGGGCAAUUAGGAAAUUGGCAAUGCUGGUGGUGAAUAGUGUUUGAUGUCAAAACACGUUGGAUGUGUGCUAUAUGUAUUCAGCAGGCAGAUGGAAGGGGUGGUUUAGUACGCUACAUUCUAUACGGCUAUCAGUCCUAUUAAUUAAUCAUUAAUUUUCUAUUUCAAGCAAUUACCACAAUAUCAUGCGUGCCAAUAUUUAUAUAUCCUGCAGGUAUCACUAUCACUUCGUAUUCUACUUG